GUCAUGCAGAGGGUUAUACUCAUUUUCUGAAGUUCCAAUUAAUAUUACAAAAAUAUAUAAAAUUUAUAUAACUAAAAUCUAAAGUUAUUUUAUCCAGUAUGAGAAUUUCUUUUUCAUUUAUUUUUUUUUUAAAAUAUUUUCUCAGAUGAAAAAAUAUUAUUGUUUCCAUUCGUGUAAAAACGUAGACUAGUAUCAAAAUGAUUUUCUUAGUAAGGUUUUGUUUAAAGUAUUUUUUCUUCAAGUUUGAUAGUUUUCAAGAUCAUACAUGUAUGUUGUUUGGGGUUAGGACAUCAAGCAUGUAUCUUAUGGAGACCUCUUGUGUCCAUUACAUUUCGGUUGCAAGUUGCUCUUGACCCGUGCAAUUUCUAUUCGGUGGAUUUCUACAAAUAUAUAGCACCGGAAAACACGUUAUACAAUCUCCUACGCAGAAAUGAUGUUACACUUCCACAUUUGGGACCACAAAAUAAAACAUAUUCCAAAAAAUAAUAAUAAAACUAAGUAAGAAGAUUCCCCCUGAUGAGGAAUAGCCAAGACGAAGUAGAACAUAAAGCAGAGGAAAAAAAGUAGAACAUAAAGAAAAAGAAAAUGGUAACGAAAAUGAAAGGUUCGUCCACUGAAGACGAAGUGAAUAUACAAAGACUUAUCAACGUACUAGGCUUUAGAAGAUUAGGAACACAAAUCCUAUAGCCAUUUAAAACAUGGCUUUAGAAAAAACUAUUAAAAUUAAAUAUUAAUUGUGUAGUAAUUAACCCUUUUUGAGCAUGUAAUUAACCAUUUCUGCUGCUGAUUAUGUUUCUCUCUUUUCUUUUUCGCCUUCCUUACAAACUUGAGUUCUUACAAAUUAAAUAAAGCAUUCAACCUACGGAAAGAAAGAGCAUCCACCAAACAGAAAUUUGCUUGUUGGUUAAAACAACAUAUAGAAAGUUGAUGUGCAGUCAUGCGUCAAGUAGACAUGUCUUGUGGUUUUUAAGCAUUGACUUGGACUUAGAAAAAUCUUAUGUUUUUAGAAAGCAACACUCUUACUUGGCUUCAGAUUAUUUAAGACCACCUAUGGGAAAGGAAAAAAAAACAUAAUCAAACAAGAACAUUUAAGGAAAAAUGUCUGGUUAUGGCUUCCUCUUCCUUUUCACUUUCCUUACAAACCUGAGACCUUCUGUACAGCAACACAGACCGACUUACGUCGGAUAUGUUUGUCAGCCAGAGAAAACUUACCUCAAAAACAGCACAUACUCCUCAAACCUCGAAACCCUUUUGUCCUCUCUUUCUUCUAGUUACAAUCAAUCUUUCUCCUAUGGAUUCCAAAGACUUAAAGAGGGACAAAACCCUGACAUGGUAUUCGGACUUUUCCUCUGUCGCGCAUAUGUAUCGUUCGAAAUCUGCCGUGACUGCAUCAGCUUCGCCGUCAAGGACACUCUGAAUCAUUGUCCAAAUGAAAAGGAGGCUUUGAUUUAUUACGACGAAUGCAUGCUUUUAUACACUGACCGGAAUAUCCUCUUGGAUCCUGUAACAAAAAUUGGAGAGCUGAUGGUAGUAAACCAACAGAAUGCUACGGCAAACAACCCUGUUAGGUUCAGUAAGGUGGUCCUUUCGUUGAUGAACGAAGCUGCAGACGAGGCUACUGCUAGUCCAAGAAAGUUUGCGUUUAAGAAGGAGAACUACGCACCAUCUCAAACGGUUUAUGUAUUAGUUCAGUGCAUGCCUGAUCUGACAACAGUGAUGUGCUCAAGCUGUCUGAAACAAACCAUCAAGAACUUGCCUCGUGACAAAAUCGGAGCAAGACUUCUUUCGCCGAGUUGUAUCUUAAGGUACGAUAUUUACCCUUUCUACAAUGAAACCUAUCAAGAAGUUGCCUCUAACGAUAUGCAUGGAAAAGAAGAGAACUCCAUGCAAGUUAUAAUAAUAGCAAUUGUUGUGCCGCUAGGUGUCUAUGUUCUUCUUUUUAUAGUUAUUUCUAGCUUCUAUGUAACAACGAGACUGAAGAAUACUUAUGAGACAGCAACUGCAGAUGAUGGUGGGGAUGAUAUUACAACCGCUGGCUCAUUUCAGUUUGAUUUUAAAGCUGUUAGUCUUUUAAAACAUUUUAAUUUUGCAGGUGGGGAUGAUAUUACAACCGCUGGCUCAUUUCAGUUUGAUUUUAAAGCUAUUGAAGCAGCAACCAAUAACUUUUCUGAAAGAAACAAACUCGGUCAAGGCGGAUUUGGAGAAGUUUACAAGGGAACAUUUCCUAAUAGAUUACAAGUUGCGGUGAAGAGACUAUCGAAAACAUCGGUACAAGGCGAAAAAGAGUUCAAGAAUGAGGUAAUUGUUGUGGCAAAGCUUCAGCACCGAAAUCUUGUCAAGCUUCUCGGAUUUUGUUUUGAAAAAGAAGAGAAAAUACUCAUCUACGAGUAUGUGCCUAACAAAAGUCUUGAUUACUUCCUCUUUGGUCAGUUAAUAUAUUACAACAUUUCAGGCCAAAUAUUUUCAUUAUUCAAACCAUUCUUGAGACCACUGUUCUAUAACAUUGUAAACACCAAUGGUCCAGACUCUACAAUGAAAAGGCAGCUGGAUUGGACAAGAAGGCACAAUAUCAUCAGAGGAAUUGCAAGAGGGGUUCUAUAUCUUCAUCAAGAUUCACGACUCACAAUCAUCCAUCGUGAUCUCAAAGCUAGUAACGUCCUUUUGGACGCUUCCCUGAACCCAAAAAUUGCAGAUUUUGGAAUGGCGAGGAUUUUUGGAAUAGACCAAACAGAAGCCAGUACGAGAAGAGUAGUGGGAACCUAUGGCUAUAUGUCUCCGGAGUAUGCAAUGUACGGCCAAUUCUCCAUGAAGUCAGAUGUUUAUAGCUUCGGUAUUUUAGUCCUUGAGAUUAUAAGCGGCAAAAAAAAUAGCAGUCUCUAUAAAAUGGAUGAUCAUGCUGGAAAUUUGGUUACAUAUACUUGGAGACUAUGGAGAAAUGGGUCACCAUUAGAGGUUGUGGAUCCAUCCUUUCAAGAGAACUGUCAAGAAAACGAAACUAGAAGAUGCAUCCAUAUAGCUUUACUAUGUGUUCAAGAAGAAGUUGAAGAUCGUCCAACAAUGUCAGAAAUAAUCCAGAUGCUCACAACUAGCUCAAUUGCUCUUCCCGUUCCUCAACCACCUGGAUUUUUCUUACGGAUGAAACAUGAGGAAAUCAGGGAAGCAGGUCCAACAAUGGAUUCUUCUGCUCUAUGUUCUGUCGAUGAUGCUUCCAUUACGCGUUUAACUCCUCGUUGAAGAUAAAACGUUUCACAAAGACUAGUAAGCAUCGAAAAAUAAGAAAGGUUUUCUUAGUUGAAAUGCUUCCAUUAUUGUUCAUUGCCUAUAAUUAGUUCUCAGCAAGCAAGUAUACAAUACUUUUUUUAUAUAGGAGAAAGAUACAAAAUGGUGGGGGAGAAUCAGUGGAGUUAUUGCUUGUUCUUUGACAGUGAGUUAGUUUUGUUGGAAGCUAGUUAAUUAUGGUGUGGAGUAGCUAUAGAUCUUGUAAGGUACAGAAAGAAGAAAAUGAUGUAAGUAGCCAAAAGUUUUGGUUCCUCUGCUAUCCUCUUAGUAUAGUCUUCAUUUCAGAGUUUGGCAAGUCCAGUAGGACUCUGAAAAUCUAAUACACAUGUAGUAAAAUAUGUAAAUAUCAUUUAAUAGUGUUUU